UUAGCAAUGGACAAGAUAAGCAGCGAGACUGCCAUGGACGACCUGCCAACUGUACAUGCUGGGGACGAGACAAGCUGCAGUGACACAUUAGGCACCGGUAGGCAGCUGAACAACGAAGGGGACAUUCCAUGCGAGGAAAAGUACGGGGUAGAAUCCGACCAUCCUCCCGCAGAGGGUCGAACAGAGCAUACAGCCAGACUUGCCCCUAAACGUACUGUGGAUAAACGCUUUGCUUGUACGGUAUGUGGCUAUAUGGCAGCCUCAAAGGCUUACCUACGAAAACACACAAGAACACAUACUGGUGAAAAACCAUAUAAAUGUGACCAGUGUGACUAUGCUGCUGCACGUAAAGGGUCUUUAGACAAACACAUGGCCAAUCACACUGGCAACUGGCCAUACAUGUGUGGGCAGUGCGGAUACAAGACGACUGAGAGGUGUCGCCUAACCCAACAUAUCAGAUUGCAUACCGGUGAGAAACCUUACAAAUGUGACCAGUGUGACUUUUCUUAUGCGAAUAAAGAUUCUUUAGACCGGCACCUUCUUACACAUAGUGGAGAAAAGCCAUUUCUAUGUGGACAGUGCGAAUACAGGACUACAAACAGGUAUUACCUAUCCGACCAUAUGAGGAUACAUUCAAGUGAAAAGCGCUACAAAUGUGACCAAUGCGACUAUUCUGCUGCACAGAAAGGUACUUUAGACCGACACAUGCUUAGACACACCGGUGAAAAACCCUACAUCUGUGGAGAGUGCGGAUUCAAGACGCCUGACAGGUUUUCCUUAACCAGACAUAUGAGAAGACAUUCAGGUGUGAAACCUUAUAAGUGUGACCAGUGCGAUUAUUCUGCUGCACAGAAAUUUGCCUUGGAUAGACACAUGGCUAAACACACUGGAGAAAAACCAUUUAUAUGUGGGAAGUGUGGAUACAAGACCAAUGUCAUAUCUAGCUUAACCAUACAUAUGAAAAAACAUACAGAUGUGUACAACUUCAUGUGUGGAGAGUGCGAGUACAGGACGGCUCACAAGUCUUCUUUAACCGCACAUAUGAGAACACAUACUGGCGUGAAACCUUAUAAGUGUGACCAGUGUGACUAUUCUGCUGCAAAGAAAUUUGCCUUGGAUAGACACAUGGCUAAACACACUGGAGAAAAACCCUUCUUUUGUGGAGUGUGCGGAUACAGAACUGCAGACAAGAUUGACCUAUCUCAACAUGUGAUCAAACAUACAGGUGAAAAACCAUAUGAGUGUGACCAAUGCGACUUUUCUACUACAACGAAAAAGUAUCUAAACAAGCACUUGGCCAAACACACGUCUAAACAAAACACACUUCUUAAUGAUAUAGUUGAUAGUUGCAAAUCAUAAUUUAUCCAGACACAGACACAAAGUACUGAUGGAGACUAAAAGCAAAAUAUGCUCAGUGAAACUAUUCUGCUUCAUGGAAAGUAGUUCAGACUUACACACGGUUAAGCAAGUCUGUGAGCAACUCUACAUGUGUUGUAGAUGCUAACCCUAGACUUUGAUAGCUCCUCUGGCAAACAUAGAUACUAGUAAUAAGAAAUUUAUUGCACGACAAUUGUACACGAUACAAUGUAUGGCAACACCUAUUACACAAAGUACAAAGUAGAGGUAUAGGAUAAAGCUUAACAACCAAGUUAACAUAACAAUUAGGGCUAAAAUAAUUCUUUGGUAUAGUAUUACAGCGGAGUAGGCUAAUCAUUAGUUUUGGUAUUCUUUCUAAUAGCAGAGCAGUCCUUGAUAUAUUUGCCUAUUUUUGACGUAUAAAAAUAUAUUCAAAUCUGUUUGUAACAUCAUUACAUGACUCAAUCAGAGCACAUGAAGCUGUAUUAUAUACCAUUUAUUGCUAUACAUGCGAGUUGAUACACUUCAGUGAAUUGUAGUUAAUAAUUUUAUAAACUUAAAUAUUUGCCAUUUUAACUUAACACUUGAUUUACUUUUAUUUGCUGAUAAUCAUUUUUUUCAAAUGCAUCGAAACGUUUGUGUAUGGAAUUUAUUUGAUGCAUUAUCAUGAAAAUAUGAUGAUUUACAUCAUGUUGAAGAGAAAAUCAAUUGUCCUUGGUUAUUGUUCGAAGCAUUAGAUGUGUAUUUACAUGUACACUGUAUUAUAAUUUGCACCUAUGCAUAACUGAUUAAUUUCUGUAAUAAGAUUUUCUUUUAAUCCUGUUAUUUGAGAUAUCAUUUGAUUGUAUUCGUUGGCUACAUACUAUAACUAAUUUUAGAUUUUAUGGAGCAGUAGUGCCUACCGUAAGCAUUGAAUGUUUGUUCCUUUCUCCAACACGUUUCUUGGUUUUUUACAACUUAUGUUAUUUAUUGUUUUCGUGCAAAUAAAUUGAUAAAUGAAUAAACUUUUCUCGACUUCAGUUAUCCAA